AAACCCUGUUUUUGUAUGUUUCUAGCCAGACGAUCUCGGUUUUUCUCCCAUGAAAGUGUUGUUCUUUCUUCAGAAUUCAAGACUUCACUAACAGGGAGAAAAAUUAUACAGAAUCCAGGGCUUGAGGGUAAGAGGAGAGUGGAGAUAAAAUGGCUGGUGGGGGUUUUACAGAUGCCGGAAACUUGAAAAGAGCUCAUCUUUACGAGUACAGAAUCACCCCUUAUUUCAUCUUCGCCUGCAUUGUCGCUGCCCUUGGCGGCUCCCUCUUCGGUUAUGAUCUUGGCGUUUCCGGGGGUGUGACAUCCAUGGAUGACUUUUUGAAGGAGUUUUUCCCGAAAAUCUACAGGAGGAAGCAAGAACAUUUGAAGGAGACAGAUUACUGUAAAUAUGACAGUCAGAUCCUGACACUGUUCACGUCGUCUCUGUACUUCGCAGGUCUUGUCUCCACUUUCGGAGCAUCAUAUGUUACCAGAACUAAGGGGAGAAGAGCCAGUAUCCUUGUCGGAGCGGUCAGCUUUUUCUUGGGUGCUAUCUUAAAUGCCGCCGCCGUCAAUAUCUUGAUGCUUAUCAUCGGACGGAUUUUGCUUGGCGCGGGAAUUGGAUUUGGCAAUCAAGCGGUUCCUUUGUACCUAUCGGAGACAGCUCCGGCGAAGAUCCGUGGAGCGGUGAAUCAGCUUUUCCAAUUGACAACGUGCUUGGGGAUUUUGGUAGCGACCCUCAUCAAUUACGGAACAGACAAGAUUCAUCCAUGGGGUUGGAGAUUGUCUCUCGGAUUAGCUACCAUUCCGGCCGUUCUGAUGUUCGUAGGAGGCUGGUUCCUUCCGGAGACACCUAACAGCCUUGUGGAACAGGGCAAGUUAGAGGAAGGAAAAAGAGUGUUGAUCAAAAUCAGGGGAACCCCCAAUGUCGAUGCUGAAUUCGCUGAUCUGGUGGAGGCUAGCGAGGCAGCUCGUGCUGUAAAGCACCCAUUCAGGAACCUUCUCCAGAGGAAGAACCGUCCCCAGCUGGUAAUCGGCGCCUUGGGGAUUCCGGCGUUCCAGCAGCUCACUGGCAAUAACUCUAUUCUCUUCUAUGCUCCUGUGAUGUUUCAGAGCUUGGGUUUUGGUUCGGGAGCAGCUCUUUACUCGUCUGUUAUUACAAGCGUAGCGCUUGUUGUCGCCACACUCAUUUCAAUGGCUUUUGUGGAUAAAUUCGGAAGAAGAGCUUUCUUCUUGGAAGCUGGAGCUGAGAUGUUCUGUUACAUGGUAGUCGUAGCAAUUACUCUAGCAUUGAAGUUUGGUGAAGGACAGGAGCUUCCUAAAGGCCUAGGGAUGUUCCUUGUGAUCAUCAUUUGUUUGUUCGUGUUGGCCUACGGUAGGUCAUGGGGGCCUCUGGGGUGGUUGGUUCCGAGUGAGCUCUUUCCCUUGGAGACAAGGUCAGCAGGGCAGAGUAUGGUGGUGAGUGUCAACCUCUUCUUCACCGCCAUGAUUGCACAGUGCUUCCUUGUCUCGCUCUGCCAUCUCAAGUAUGGUAUUUUCUUGCUGUUUGCUGGACUGAUCUUCAUAAUGAGCAGCUUCAUUUUCUUCCUGUUGCCGGAAACCAAGCAAGUUCCAAUUGAGGAAGUGUAUCUUUUGUGGCAAAAUCACUGGUUCUGGAAGAAGAUUGUUGGUGAUGGCAGCGAAAGGGAAUUGGAAGCAAAACAACCAUAAGAGAGAACAUCUAGGAUAACCACAUUUGUGUCCACAGUUCAUUGGCAACACAUGUAUUUCUUGAGAGUUCUCUAAAUAAUUUAUUCUUCUUUCAAAUGUUCUACAUUAACAUGGAUGAUUUUCAUGGUAUUUGUUUUGGAUGAACUAUUUAACCUAAGGUUUCAAAGAUCAACCAUCUUGCAUCUCGUGCGAGAGACAACUCUUUCCAAUCCGUUUUGCCCUCUCAU